AUGGUUUGGCACUUGCAGAGAAUUGUUAAUGCUAAGAAGAGUCUAAAACGGACUCUUUCAUCUUCUGAGACAACAACAGUGCCUAAAGGCCACUUUGCUGUUUAUGUUGGAGAAGCUGAGAGGAAGAGAUUUGUUGUCUCACUCUCAUUCCUGAAGCAUCCUUCAUUCCAAAAUUUACUGAGUCAAGCUGAAGAAGAGUAUGGAUUUAAUCAUCCUAUGGGUGCUCUGACUAUCCCCUGCAGCGAAGAAGUAUUCAUUGAACUCACCUACAAUCUGCAAAGCUCAUAA